GGAUUUUUGGAUGUUUUUGUAUGAUUUGAAUUGUGGGGAAUUUGGAUACUGGGUACUGUUUGGUUGGUGAGAAAAUUGGAACUUUUUGGCUGGUGGGAAAGUUGAGCUAAAGUCACAGCUAUGCAUUGGAAAACAAAGUGAGAUUAUUUAUUUUUUAUUUUUUAAAACUUCAAGGACUUUGGGUGUUUUUCUUUGGUUUGAAUUGUGGGGAUUUGGGAUUGCACACUGUUUGGUCGGCGUGAAAGUCGGGGAGGAGAAAUUCAGACUCGAUAUAGCGACAACACUGGGAAGUGAAGAAGGAUUUUUCAUUUUUUUUUAUUUUUAUUUUUAAAGAGAACUUUUGGGGUUUUUUUUUUUUUCCUGUUGGAUUGAAUUGUGGGGAUUUGGGAUUGGACGCUAUUUGAUUGAUGAGAAAGUUGAACUUAGCUAAAGCAUUGAAUGCGAAUUGCGAAGUAAUAUUCUCUUUUGUUUAGAUUUUUGGAUUUCUUUUUUAAUUUGAAUUAUGGGGAUUUGUGGUUACCCUCUGUUUGGACGCCACGAAGGUUGAGGAAAAGAAAAGGUUAAACUCAGUGCAGGGUAAUUUAUGAUUGGUCACUGUCACUGUUUGAUUGGUGAGAAAGUUGAGGAAAAGAGAAAGGGCACCAAAAUGUUGGGAGUGAGGGCUGGUGUAUGCAUUUUUGCUCUGUCCUAUUGUUGCUUCGUGCUUCUUGCAGUUGCGGAAACUACUAGUCCUUCUGAAGUCACUGCACUGCUAGCUGUCAAGAAAAGGUUAAUUGAUCCUAUGAAGAAUAUUGGAAAUUGGGGAAAGGGAGAUCCAUGUACGUCCAAGUGGAAAGGCAUUGUUUGUAAAGAUAAAAACACAACGGAUGGAUACUUGCAUGUUAAUGAGCUCCUGCUGCUGAAAAUGAAUCUAUCUGGAACUUUAGCACCUGAACUUGGCCAACUAUCUCAUCUUGAAAUUAUAGAUUUCUUGUGGAAUGACUUAAGUGGCAGUAUACCAAAGGAGAUAGGAAACAUUGCACCUCUGAGACUCUUGCUCUUGAGUGGAAACAGAUUGUCGGGCUCUUUACCUGAUGAGCUUGGUUAUCUUUCACAUUUAGAUAGACUCCAAAUAGAUGAGAAUCACAUAUCAGGACAAGUUCCAAAAUCAUUUGCAAACUUGAGCAGAAUUAAACAUCUCCACAUGAACAAUAACUCACUCAGUGGUCGAAUUCCUUCUGAGCUUUCCAAUGCAUCAACUCUUCGUCACUUGCUUUUCGACAAUAAUAACUUGUCUGGGAAUCUUCCACCAGAAUUGUCACACCUCCCAGAACUGCGCAUACUUCAACUUGAUAACAACAACUUCAGUGGAGCUGAAAUUCCAAUUUCUUAUGGGAACCUGUCCAAGUUGGUAAAAUUAAGUCUUAGAAAUUGCAGCUUGCAGGGAGCUGUCCCUGAUUUCAGCAAGAUAGCCAACCUUAGCUAUUUAGAUCUUAGCUUGAACCAGCUUACUGGACCCAUUCCAUCAAAUAAACUUUCAGACAAUAUGACAACUAUUGAUCUUUCAGGCAACCAUCUCAAUGGGUCUAUCCAGGAAAGUUUCUCAGAUCUUCCUCGGCUACAGAAACUGUUACUUGAGAAUAAUUUAUUGAGUGGUUCUGUGCCCACUGGCAUUUGGCAGAACAGAUCCUUAAGUACAUCAGCUAGACUUACAGUUGAUCUCCAGAACAAUUCAUUCUCGAACAUCACAGGUGAUCUAAAUCCCCCAGCAACUGUCACCCUAUGGUAUACCUUUUUUCUCUUUUAUAGUGCAUUAGCUUCCUUGCACUCUCAUAUCCAAAUUUUUCCUUUGCUUUUCCUUUUUCAUCUUGCAGAUUCUGCCGGAAAAAAAUAA